UGAAAAGUGUACACUGCUUUAUGAUAUUAAUAUAGAUGCUAUUAUAGAAAAGAUCUGCCAUAUACUUGUUUCCCAGAGGUAGUGGGUUCUUCAAAGAUGUGACAAAUUACCCACAAUCAGGACUUCCCACACCAUGUUUCAUUACCGAAAAGCAGAUACAUCACAUGUUUCUCUCUACACUUUUCAGAUGCCACAAAAAUGCUGCAGAUCUUAGUGUUUCCUUGUGGAGCCCAGCUGGUUCAUAUUUGUAAACGUGACUUGCUAAGUUUCAGUAGCACAAGUUUUAAUCCAUUUUGAAUUUUAUUUGGAGUAAUUUAUUCUGUCACAGCCACUUCAAGGUUGGAAUAUGCCACCUCUGUUUAGUGGCUACACUGGAGGAUUUCCUCUGGGCAAGUCCAAAAUUUUAGUUUACCCUGGAUUCUACCUUGCCUUCUUUCACUUUCCUCUGUAGCAUCCAUUUACGCACUGGGAUUCUUGUGGUCUCAGUCCUCAUCUUAAUCCAAGCUAAUGUUUACCAUACCCGACUCGUUCUCUACUUGGUGAAUGGAAUAAGAUAAUACUGUAUUUUCUGAACUAUAGUGGAGACACGUGUCCAAGUGCUCGAGCCACGUACACUUUCCAACACUUCUCAAAUUUUCUUGCAACUGGUUUUGCUGCAGCUAUAGAAGCUGUUGUAGGCAUGGGGGAACAUACAGAAGCAGGACACCACGCAGGACAAGCGGUUGUGGGCAAAAGUUGCAGUGGAGGAAAGUCCAACUAGAAAAAAGGGAAAAAAUCUUUACAGUGAGGGUGAAGCACAGGCAGAGGUUGCCCAGAGGGGCUGCACAAUCUCCUUCCUUGGAGGUGUUCAAACUUGACUGAACGAGACCCUGCGAAAAACCUUUGCACAGUUGACGCUGCCCAUGCUCUGAGCAGGCGGUGGGACCAGAGAGAUGCCCCAGACCUGACCUCCAUGGGUCCCUUCCAAACUAAGCUAUUUCGAGAUGUGUGUUCCAGAAAUCCUAGGAAGUCGUGGCUUUGGUUGUUUACAGAGACACAAAGUGUCCACAGCUUGUCUUGAUAAUAGUGUUAGCUGGCAGGACGCGGAUGGGGAUGGAUGUAAUGAAUGAUGACACUCUAAUUCCCUUUGAAUGUGCCCACCUUGUACCGUGGCACAGCCUGCGUGCCUUCUUCAUUUGGACUGUCCCAGGCAGUAAACACAUUUUCUCCUAAUGAAUUUUUCAAAAUUGUGUAUAAAUUGUCUACAUGCUGUUCCCAGAACCAAGCGGUCAUUGUAUUUCCACAUUCUUUUGAUCAGCAAGUACGGAACAAACACGCUCUCCCAGACUGGUGAGGGCAGAGAGGGCACGUUUUGGCUUGUCCCCUGAGUGCUAGGAAAGCCUGCAAACCACCUGCUGCCCACGCUUGUUCGAUGCGGGGUUUGGUAGCGAUUGGCACAAGACAGUUAUCCUUUGCUUCAUCAACUAAUGUGCUUUAGAGAGGAAAUGUAUAGGAAGUAAAUUCAUUGUGAGGUGCAAAGGGUGAGAUGAAGAGAGAGAUGGUGUUUUUUAUGCCCAGGCAACUGGGGCUCCUCUGGUUUGACCUUAUAAUUUUGGGGGACCUCAGGAAUCAGUGCAGAUGCUUUUGCUGGUAAACAGACUGUUAACCCUAGAGUAAAUAUUGUUCGGAGGAGAUAUAGGUGAAGCAGGCUUUUCCACACCAAUUCCUAGUUUUAUUUUGAAACCGUUAACAUUCGGUAGCGUAGAAGCCUCUCCGCUGGGUUCACAGCCGCCACAGCAAGCGCUGUGUGAACACGAAACUUGCCACCUUCUCCCCAGAAACGCGCUGCGGUUGCUGUUCGAGGCAGGAAAACCCAUUGCAAAGCGGGGGAAAAGCAGCAGCGGGACCGGAGCGAGGGGCGGACGAGGCUCCCCUGCGAGCAGCCGCAAGCGGCCUUCGCUCCCUCCUUCGUGCCCCCGAGCAAACCCUCCGGCUGCGGGGCCGCGCUGCGCCCCGGGCUUGCCCCGGAGCGGAGCGGGGAGCGCAGCCCGCUGCUGACCCUCUCUCCUCAGCGCCACGGAGCGCCCCGGCGCGCCCGGCCGCCGCGCCAUCAGCCCCUGUCCGCCCCGCUCCCCCCUGCCGGCCCGCCGCUGACGUCAGCGCACGGCCCGCCCCCCGGGGCAGCGAGCGGGGCGGUGGGGAGGGGCGGGGCGGGGCGCGGGGGGCGGCCGGACCGGCGGGAAACUUCUCCCGGUUCAGCACCACAGACAGGGCGGGCGCGGCGCCGCCGCCCGGCAUGCGCGCCCCGCCGCCCCGCCGCUCCGCUGCCCCUUCGUCCCGCCGUCCCUGCGUCCCGCCGCCUCGCCGCCACACCGACCCGCUUCAGCGCCUCAGCCGGGCGGCGAUGGAAACGGCGGCGGCGCUGAACGAGAGCGGAGCGGCCGCCCCCGGGCUGACGGCCGGUGGGGGCAGCGGCAACACCUCGCUGGAGCUGUCGUCGCGGCCCCCCGCACCCGCCGCCCUCAACCCCUGGGACGUGAUGCUCUGCGUCUCAGGCACCGCCAUCGCCUGCGAGAACGCCUUGGUGGUGGCCAUCAUCUGCUACUCGCCCACCCUGCGCAGCCCCAUGUUCGUGCUGGUCGGCAGCCUGGCCACGGCUGACCUCCUGGCCGGCCUCGGCCUCAUCCUCAACUUCGUUUUCCAGUACGUGAUCCACUCCGAGACGGUCAGCCUGCUGACGGUGGGCUUCCUCGUCGCCUCCUUCACCGCCUCCGUGAGUAGCUUGCUGGCCAUCACGGUCGAUCGCUACCUCUCCCUCUACAAUGCCCUCACCUACUACUCGGAGAGGACGGUGCUCUGCAUCCACACCAUGCUGGCGGGUGCUUGGGGGGUCUCCCUCUGCCUGGGGCUGCUCCCCGUCCUGGGCUGGAACUGCCUUCACGACCAUGCUGCCUGCAGCGUUGUCAGACCCUUGACCAAGAGCAACGUGACGCUGUUGUCCGCCUCUUUCUUUCUCAUUUUCCUCAUCAUGCUCCAUCUCUACAUCGAGAUCUGCAAGAUCGUUUGCAGGCAUGCCCACCAGAUAGCUCUCCAGCAGCACUUUCUGACUGCUUCCCACUAUGUCGCCACCAAAAAGGGAGUCUCUACCCUCGCUAUAAUCCUCGGGACUUUCGGAGCCAGCUGGCUGCCUUUUGCCAUCUACUGUGUAGUGGGGGAUCCUGACUACCCUUCCGUGUACACAUACGCGACGCUUCUACCUGCUACCUACAACUCCAUGAUCAACCCCAUCAUUUACGCCUACAGAAACCAUGAAAUCCAGAGGUCCAUGUGGGUGCUCUUCUGCGGCUGCUUUCAGGCUAAAGUGUCCUUUCGUUCCCGGUCCCCCAGUGACGUCUGAGUGACUUUUCUCUCUGUUGUACCCACACCAAGUGACAAUCUACUCAGUGAACUCUUACAGUGCCUGUUCUAAACUUCAAACUACGUCGCGAGGUCAUUGGAAACAUGCUUAAGUAUUAGCACUUUAUACAUGUUUGUAACUCUGACAGUUGUUCGGGAUGUGGAGUUUUGGGUUCCAUCAAAAAAAAAAAGUGGUUGUAUAUAAAUUUGCACAUCACAUUUGUAAAGUGAAGACAUUCCAAUACCGCUUAAUCAUAGCACCUUAUUUCUAGCUGCUGACCUGCCAAAACAGUGUUGCCUUUCUGAAAGGCAGAGAGAAAGAAAGUUGUGUUUGUGUUGUAUUUGUGUGUGUGUGUUGGGGAGAGUGGGGGCUGUAUGUAUGUAUGUGUGUAUCUAUAUUUUGCUGCACAAUAUUGAUAAAUUAUAACAUUUUGUAUACAAAUAAAAACAUGUAAGAUGUAGUAUGACUUGGUGUGUUUAGAUGCUUUUAGAAAUAAGACAGCUGGCGAAUUUGCCAGUUGAGCAAAGUCCUUUUGUUUACUUUUGAAAGCUCCCUGUGUAAUUCUGCCUAAAGACAUCAUCAUUCACUAUGGAGAUGAAAUACUGCACCAAGAAAGGCACCUUCCUGCUUGCUUGUUUGUUUGGUCUCUUCUUUACUCUGGCAAAGAGAGAGUAAGGAAGAGCACAAACUCCUUUGUAUUCUUCAGCAACCAAAGAAACAAAAAACCCAGUCAAACAGGCUGCUAAUUAGAGUUAUUCUCUGGGUUUUCAGUAGCUUUCAUCGUUAAGUUGCAAGGUAGCCCUUUAUGAUAGUGCUCCAUUUAAAAGUGAUCAAACUGUGGGGAAAAACUGGACUCCAAGCUGGACUCUUUUGUUCAUCUUUUAGUCUAAUUCUGAAGGGGAAAAAAAAAGAAAAAAAGUCACAUCUUCUUUCCUAAAAGCCUGUACAAUGCCACAAUAAAUUGACUUCCCUUAUCAUCUGCAGUUCUGAGGGAAACCUGAAUUGUUUUUCCCCCUCCCUUUUUUGGACUGCAUGCUGUUGAAAAAGCUUUUUAGUGCAUAUUUGCUGUCUGCCUGUCUUGGAGCAGUAUACAGUUUUCUGAUCAUCCCAUGACUUGGUGGCUUCAAAGAACCCAUCAGAGGUCAAUGUUGUUUAGAGUCUAGAAACCUUCACUCAGGUUUAAAUUCACGGGCAACUGAUUUAUUUAAAGCAAUAACAAUGUGCAGCAGAUCUCAGAAACAGUGUUGCUGGUUAUUUAUUUAUCGUUAUGCUACAUUUACAUCCUGAUUAUGCUAUAGUUUACCACUAUCAUUUCAAUUUGUACUUAAGGGCUGAAACAUUAUUUUUGUGUGCGUGGUACCAUAUAAAAAGUUUGGACUAAUGUGUUUCCCAGCUUAUGACUGAGCAAUGCAUCAAGCAUUUACCUGCUGGAGCAGCUGGGGCCACAAGGACCCAAGAAACCCCAGCGAGGCUGUGAAUUUGUGGUUUUGUACUUAAGUGAGUGCAAGUAUUGUGAAAUCCAGUAUUAUUUCACUGAUAAUGCAAAGAUAAUUCACUAAAAACAAAACAAACCAAAACCAAACCAAAACAAAACACCACCAAACCCAUAUUCCGGAUUCCACUAGCCCCAUUAUUUCUAUUAAUUCUAAUAAUCAUAAAUAUGACAUUUCAAUUGAUUAAUACAUUCAGGGAUGCAGUUCAUCGGAGUACUGUUGUUACAGAUAUUACAGAUAUGAUUUAAAC